UCGCAUCACCAUUCCCAAACCAACUUCAUGCUGCGACAGUGAACACCGAAAAGGCAACACCCGAGGAGAACAAAACCAGAUUGUGUGUGUGUGUGUGUGUGUGUGUAACACGACAGCAGCUCACCGGGACAAUGAGCCGUAUCAGACAGCACAGUGUGAGGUGUUAGUGUGUGCAUGUAACGCCAUGUUUGCCUGUGAAGGAGACGACAUUGUCUGCAUUUUGGUCCAAGAUGAGCAGCGGCAGUAAACGAGAGAGGGAGCAGAGGAGGAAGCUGCAGCACUUCCUCAGUGACCUGGCCUUGCUGGGAUCAUUACAGGGCUUUAAAUACUUCCAGCCUUGGCUCAGAGGGAAAGAGGAGCUGCUGCUGACGGUCGUUAAUGAGGAUCUGGGUUGGCGUUCCCCAGGGUUUGCGGUCUCCAGAGCCUCCUCCUACUCGUCCACCAGCAGCCAGAACAGCAGCGAUGUGUCCCCCAGCAGCAGCUCCCCCAGCCUGGACAGCCGCAGCAGCUCUCCCCUGCCUGGGGAGCCUCAGGGCCCACGAGACCCUCCGGCACACGCUCACACCAAGGCGCAGCCACAGACAGUCAGGGACCCCAGCAGCGAGGAGCAUCUCCUCCCAGCCUCCCCCAGUGAAAGAGAGAUAGCAGUGCCUGAGGUGAACUGCACUCUGUUUUUACUGGCCGGCUAUGUCAAGUAUGGACGCCCCUACGCCUGGAUACGCUCCAAUCACGAGCGCCUGGUCAACAUCGGCGGCACGGAUUCGAUGGUCAAGGACACGCCCAUGAAACUCAAGUCCAUCGCAGACUGGCAGACACGAGGUAUUCGUGUGUGGGACGUCAUCAGUGAGCUGGUGUGUCUGUGCACUGUCCCCUCUCCCUCCAACCCCUUCGCCCUGGACAUGCGCUACAUCAAAAGCCUUCCCCUCCCCGACCGCUUCCUCGUCACAGGCGCUCUCCUUAACUUCCUGGACAUGUACGUGGUUUACGGAAACAGGGACGAGAUGCACUAUGACAAAGUGGUGGAGGAGGUGAAGCCUCUGAGGCGUCUCCACGUCCAGUCCCUACUGGAGUUACAGCGGCACAGAGAGGGCACCGGGUCAGAGAGCAGUCCCACAGUGGAGGACUCUGCCGGAGAGAAGUGACUCUGAUUGUUUGUGUAUGAUGCGCAUUCAGAUGAAAUAUUAUGGGUGCACUUCUACUGACUUUUUGUGAAAAAGAAAAGACAGUAAAUAGGUUCAAAUGUCUGAUAUGUCAUCAGAACAACUGAAUUUAGGUUAUUUGUUGUGUUGUGGUUAUUCUAAAGACGACUAUGGAUGAGCAUGAGAACCCAUGUACUCAAUUUGGACGUUAUUGAACGUAUAGAGUAAUCACCACCCACAUGUGAACAUAACUUUUUUUUUACUAUCUAAAAUGGAUAAAACCUUGUGAUGUUACCUUACCGGUUACAGACAGUUUGGACCACACAGUAGAAGGUUUCGGCCUAAAUUUGUUGGGUCUGUAUAACAGCUCGGUGUUGGAUGUUAGCCGCUGCUGCUGCUGUGUUAGCUCAUGCCAACUGGGCAGAUAUUGGAGACGGUCCUACAGUACUGUGUCUAACCUGUGUAAUGGUAGCAACAGAAGGUUUGCUAAUUUAUGGUUUAAUAGGCUAAUUGAAGCCGUUGUUGAAUAAAUUUUGUUGUUGGCUAAUUUACAUUUCUAUUCUUACGUUAGCUUUUUUUCUAAGAGGACUUAAGUACUCUAAUAAUUUAAUGCAAGUACUUGAAUACAGAAAUUACUCAAAAUGCCCAUCCAUAGUACACACUGGGCAAACCUUUUUUUUCCAAGGCCACACAGUGCACUUGGAGCUGUAUCUUUAGCCCUUUUUACACUGCCACUGUUCUGUAAAAAAGGUACAUUCGUGGCAUGGGGUAAUGGAGUUGUCUCGCCUUUAAGCCAGCAGUGUAGAUAGUAACAGUGCCGAAACGAUGCCUGUGUACAAGGAACAGCCGGCAGGACGGGAUCACGGACAGGAUGGGUGUGGCAGUCUUUUUUUUUAGAUUCUUUUUUGGGCUUUUUUAUUCCUUUAUUGGACAGGACGGAUUAGUCGUGAAAGGAAAUGACAGGCAGCAAAGGGCCGUGGGCUGGAAUCGAACCUGUGGCAGCUGCGGCAAGGAUAUUGCCUUUGCACAUGGGAUGCCAGCUCUACCCACUGAGCUCAUAGGUGCUGUAACAAUCUGACAUUGUGUUGUUUGCAACCCACGCCCGGGAGAUUUAAAAAGCAGUUGAUAGCAGUUAGCAGCUAACUCAAAGAAGAACAGUGGCCAAAGAUGUAUGCAGGUCUGUGAGCUUCUUCCCCCGUUGAGCACAAGACAGGCUCAACCACCAUAUAUCAGGGAUCGUUAAUGAUUUAAAUUGAUGUGUUUAUGCCGUUUUUAUCGCUUAUAAAGCGCUGCUGAAACAUAUGUUGUAUGUCACGCUAGGGGCCAAUGCUGUUGUGUUACAUGUCACGCCUGUCACGGCUCUUUUGAUGCCACCAUGCCGGCAUGCUUUAUUAAUCCCCUAGGCUAAAUUCAAUGUUUUCACUCUGUUGUCAUACACACACAUGCACAAACAGGACCAAUACACGCAUUAAAUGGAGAGAUGUCAGAGCGACGGAGCUGUUUUGGAGAGACGCCCGGGGAGGUGGGGGUUCGGUGCCCAGGAGGCGAACUGGCACCUCUCCAGCUACCAGUCCAUGCUCCAUAUUUGGUCCAGACAGGGACUUGAACCGGCGACCCCUACACUGGAACAGCGUGAUACUGUUUGGUUCUUUAUAAAAAUGCAAAGACAGCAUAUAGAAGGGACUUCAUAGCGGCUCUAUAGCACCAUCUCUGUGUAGAAAGAGCUUGUAUCUUUACCACAGUUGAAAGAUAGUCACAUGUAUGAGCUGUUGAAAUGUGAAAACACUGGAGAAGUAACUCUGGGAAAUGAGUCACAUGACUGAGAUCUAACAUCCCAGGACCUCUCUGAAUGUCUUGCCCUGCUGCCACCCCCCAAACCUCUCAAUCCUGCCCUCCCACACACACUGAGCUGC